GAAGAGCCACGACGCUUGGCCGCCAGGGAGAAUCGGAGCGCAGGGCGUGGCAAGCAGCGAGAACCGCAGCGCUUCCCUCGGCGCCUCCACUCUGUGCGCGUAAUCGCUGCCGUGCGCUUCGCUGCUCCCCGUCGGCCGAGUUUCGGUGAGUUCCGCGGGCGUGUGGGCCAGGAGUUGUGGAGUGGAGAGGGGGUAAUGACACUUCAUGGAGAAGUGUAGUGAAGGCUCUUGCAGUGCUCUAAUAAACAUAAAAUAAAGCCCUGCGGUAUAUAAGUAAUGCGUAAACAUCGUUGCAGGAGGGAAGGCUUUCUCUGUCUGUGAUAGUUCCGUGCGCCUGCUGAAGGGAAGGGGGGACGUGGGGACACGUUUGCCGGGUUGGGCGUUGGCUCCCGACGUGACGAUUACGAAAUCGGAACUUCUGGGCGCUGGCAGGGAACCCUCCGCUCCGCCUUUUUGCGCCCCCGCGUUUCCUGCGCCCUUUCCAGAGUUUACUGGCAACAGCACAGAGCACAACCUGAUACUUUCUGCUCGUCUUCUCUUGCAGCGUCUCUUCUUCGCCGGAUCGAUUCCCGAAACAAUGGCAAAGGUGAGUCAUACCCGGCUUCCUUCUCUUUCUCCUUAUUAAAAUGUGUUUUAUUAAAUUAACGAAGUGGGUGGGCGGGGAAGCAGCCUUGGCGCCAUCUUGCAGGGCUCUCAUUUAUCUGUAUGGGUUCCUUCUCCCAGUCUGUCUCUGAAGAGCUCAGGGCGGUGUGCAGGGUCUCUAACCGCCCUCCCUCUUUAUUACAACCCAGUGAGGUAGGUUAGAUCGAGGGAAAGUCUCAUUAAAACUCACAAAGUAAGCUCUGCAAAGGAACAGUCAUGGUGGCUGUUGCCUUUAAAACGAUGCUGCUAUGGCAGAGACAUAAAGUUUUUCUUCCUCUGUUAAUUACUUGGAAGUUGGGACCUGGCAGUACAUGUGAAAAGGAUCUAGGGGUCUUGGUGGACCACAGGCUUAACAUGAGUCCACAGUGUGAUGCAGCAGCAGCAAAAAAAGCUAAUACUAUUCUAGGCUGCAUCAACAGAAGUAUAGUGCCCAGAUCAUGGGAAGUAAUACCUGUAGUACCACUCUAUUCUGCCUUAGUCAGACCACACUUGGAAUAAUGUAUACAAUGCUGGGCACCACAACUUAAGAAGGAUGUUGACAAGCUUGGACAUGUGCAGAGGAGGGCAACCAAGAUGAUCAAGGGUCUGGAAACUAAGCCUUAGGAGGAGCGCUUGAAGGAGCUGGGUAUGAUUAUCCUGGAAAAGAGGAGACUGAGAGGAGAUGAUAUGAUGGCCAUCUUCAGAUAUCUGAAGGGCUGUCACAUGGAACAGGGAAGAUGCUUGUUUUCUCCUGCUCUGGAGGGUAGGACUCGAACCAGUAGUCUUCAAGUUACAAGAACGGAGAUUCCAACUAAACAUUCAGAAAAACUUUCUGACAGUAAGAGCUGUUCAGCAGUGGAACAGACUCCCACAAGAGGUGGUGGACUCUCCUUCCUUGGAGGUUUUUAAACAGAGAUUGGAUGGCCAUCUGUCAUGGAUGCUUUGGCUGAGAUUCCCGUAUUGCAGGGGGUUGGACUAGAUGACCAUAUGAGACCCUUCCAACUCUAAGAUUCUAUAAUUCUAUGACCUUGACAGUCUGUUUCCCCAUCAUUUUUCUUAGUCCCUGCCUUACUGAAGAGGAGUGUUUUCUGGUGGGUGGGGAAGUCUGCCCUACAGAUAAAAGGGACUUUCACUUCUGCCCUUAACUUUCAUACUGCUCAGUGCUGAAUUCCGUCUGAGUCAGUCUAUCCAAGAGUUUUAUAGAGAGGCAGAAUCUGUAGCAACGCGAGUUCAGCCUAAUCAUGUGAAAUCCACGUCAGACUUUCCCCCAUUUUCCAUUCUUUUAGCCAAGUUUCCUGCACUGUAGUUUUGUGCUGUGAGUGGGCGUUGCCUGUUUCUAGUGGUUAAGAAGCGAGAAGCCAGGCAGAGAGAAAGAUUCCAAAUUCCACUUUCCUCCUCCCUCUGUUUUCUAUUACUUACUCCUUGUGGCCAGACUUCUUUUGCAUUACAUUCAUUUUCUAUCUCUCUGAAUGACUUUUUUCUUUAUAAACCUUAAAGUUAAUUUUUUUCUGAAUGUAUAUGAAGACUUUUCAGUAUCAUCACAAGACUUUACUUUUGAAGUGUCCAGGAAUGGCAGCUGAAGGACUAAACACAUGUGACUACAGAUAUUUUAUAAGUUUACAAAAAACAGCCAUUUGCCCCAGUGUCAUAGUGCUAGCCCAAAUUGCCCCAUCCCUGAGCUGCUAUUAACCAGAGAGGAAGAAACGUAUGAGGUUAAUACUGUAGUUUAAAUGUGCAACUUUAUUUUUCUGUAUUGCAAUAGCAGCUUUGAGGAAUGACACUGAGUUGAGAAAUCAGUGUGGUGCAGAGACUCCACAGGUCCUGUGCAAAUCGAACUUCCUCGCACUGGGGCUGCUGUCUGUAACAUAAGAUGUUUGGAUUCCAGUUAAGGAACUCCCCUAUCACGUGUAGUUUGACUCUUAAGAAAGCUUGGAAAACUCAAAAGAGGAAUCUCUGGGAAAAAUGGGCCACUCUAUAUGUGGCAGUUGUAAUGCAACUUGGUUGUAGGUAAAUGAUUUUCUUUCAUAAAUAGAUUGGGAGCAUGGCACAGUGGGAGAGGCCUUUAAGCUUUUGCCCCGGCCUCAUUCCUGGUUGGAACAUGUCCCCAUGUUUGUCACACAGCUCCCACUGGCACUAGUGGGUCCAGCUGCUUUGCUAUCACUCAGUAACUUUGAGGGGAUUGUGCAAAAUGACUCCGUUGUAAGAUGUUGUCCUGAAGGCUUUAUGUGAUAUGGUGCUUUUGCUCAAAGUGUUUAAUCCAGUGUUUCUCAACCUUUUUCCUAUGCGGCCCCCUCCCAACAUUGUUUCCUUCCUGUGCCCCCCUCAUGGGCGUAGCCAAGGGGGCCGGGGGCCAGCUGCCCCACCAAUAAGUAAAAAUCAAUACAAAUCUGAGGUUCUGCCCCCCCAAGAAAAGUCUGCCCCCUAACAAAAAUUCUGGCUAUGUCCAUGCCCCCCCAUCCCUCUGCCAGAAAGGUAGCUAUUUAAAUGUUUUGUUUGUAAAUAGGACAUACUUUAUUUAUAUUUUUUAUAAUUUAUACAAAAAAACAAAUGCAAAAAAUGAUGGGAACAUAAUGAAAUAUUGUUGAAGCAGAAAAAACACACCCUAGAAUGGAGCUGGAAGGGUCAUCUUUCUAGUGCAACCCCCUGCAAUUCAGGAAACUCAGCUCCAUGACAGACGGCUAUCCGACCUCUGCUUAGAAACCUGGGCUGAUGCUGCUGGCGGGCCCUGCACCCCUCUGCAACAUCCGAAGCUCCUGAUCCGCUAGGCGCUGGGGUGGAUUGAACCCUGCGCCUUGCAGAGUCAGGCCCAGGCUGCCACUGGGCCCAGCACUGGCAGCAGCAACAAGCAGUUCCGGCUCGCCCAGCCCUACUCAUUGCCACCCCACCACCGCAAUUACCUGACCUGGAGGUUCUGGAUCGCAGGCUCUAGUGGUCAAAACGGGAGCCUCAGCUAUCGCCCUCUCCCACUGAAAACAAACCAGGACCGCUCCAAGAAAACACACAUGGCAAAAAGGAGCAUUAGGCCCUGGUGGGCCACCCCCUUGCCCACUUGUGAUUGGCCAAGCGGGACAGCCAGCCAAUCAGGAUUAAAAAAUAAAAUAAAAUUAUUUUCACCAUUUCUCACUUCCUUCUGUGGCCCCUAGCCUUGUGCUGUGCCCCCCCCCCCAUUUAUACAUUUUCACUUUGAAUAUCCUGGGGGGUCAGGGGGGUCAUAUGGCCCUUAGUUGGGAAACACUGGUUUAACCAGAAGUUGGUUGCCAUUCAUAAACAUGAGAAUCAACACUCAGUCUGAACAAAACAUCUGAGAAAAAUACAUUGACAUGGGGCUACAAUCCAGGAGGAAGCUGGGCUGCCUACACAUUGAGCAUCCUUGCUCUGUUCCCAGACCUUCAUGUGUUGGGUGCAUAGGCUUUUUCACAUGGCCAGGGAACUCCAACUGUCUGUGCUUCCUGAAUUUCAUGGGGAGCCUAAGCGUUUUCUGCCAGAUAUCCAUAGGUUCUCUCUUCAGAUCUUUUACUCAACACAGGAAGAUAUGAGUUGGAGAUAUCAGAUCCAGCAUUUGUGCGCCUCUCCAUGCAUUCAUUAGAAUGUGUGUGAGAUAACUUCUGAAGAGGGAGUAAGGGAGUAAGAGGCAAAAUAAUGUGAAGUACCCGGCUCAGCUCAUACAAACAUUCCAUUUUCUGAAUUCCAUGAAGCUCAGUUUGAUCUUUGAGAAGAUAGAUGAGACAGAGAAACAGCUUGAUUAUUUAAUCGGAUGCUGAAUGAUGUAAAUGAAGUAAAUAAUAAGGGGCUCAGAACAGCUAGUUUUGUCUGCAGUUACUCUGAUUCUUGAAGCCUGGGAAAUAAGUCUGUUCAAAUAUCUUCCACAUCAUAUCUAGUCUGGCACUGUGAUAACAUUCAAAGCAGCAUGGGCAAAUCUGGCUUAUGAGGAAUGAACAAGCAGGAGCUAACUACAAGUGAAGUAAGAUAAUUUAUUAGUCUUAUGGAAGGCAUGCUAAAGAGUAGAUUACAGAAGUUACUGGCACUUAGCAUUUGCCUAGUCUUGCUCUGCUGUAGCCUGGGUUGACUAACAGUUGUAAUGUUAUAUCACAGUACUGUCACCUAAUGUCUAGAAUAACCACCUUGCUGCAAUGAUUACCCACGUCCUUUGUAAUUGGAGUAGUUUAGCUUUUCUAACAAAGCUGUUUCUAUAGUAGCGGUGCACAACUGUUACAUGCUUGGAUGUUGUCCCAAGAUGCUAGGAAAGGAAGCCCAGGACAUUAAUUGAGUUGAUUGCAAUGUGUGUACAUUUGGAGAAUAUGCAGUAUAAAAGAUGUGUGUACUGUUUUUAGGUAUGUUUAAUUGGGCAGUCCUUAAACCAACAUUGCUACUUUUUCUGGGUUUUUAAAAAUAAUUUUGUACGAAGGGCCUCUACUCAUGUACAGAGUGUCUUCCUACUCAAGAAUGCACAUUUGGAAAAAAAAGGGUCACUCAAAUGGCUUAAAACCUGAACAGUCCUUGCCACACAUCCAUGAUUUGUUAUGAAACUAUUUAUAUUCAGGGAAAGUAUAUUGUAAAAUAUAUGCAUAUUGCAUCAGCUGGAAAGGGUGGGGCACAUCCAUUAAUUUAGCUUUUUAAAAACCAUAGGUUUGGUUCUUUUCUGGUUGGUGCUCAUAAGGUAAAGGUAAAGGUACCCCUGCCCGUACGGGCCAGUCGUGUCCAACUCUAGGGUUGUGCGCCCAUCUCACUUAAGAGGCCGGGGGCCAGCGCUGUCCGGAGACACUUCUGGGUCACGUGGCCAGCGUGACGAAGCUGCUCUGGUGAGCCAGCACCAGCGCAGCACACGGAAACACUGUUUACCUUCCCGCUAUAAAGCGGUAUCUAUUUAUCUACUUGCACUUAGGGGUGCUUUCAAACUGCUAGGUGGGCAGGAGCUGGGACCGAAAGACGGGAGCUCACCCCGCCGCGGGGAUUUGAACCGCCGACCAUGCGAUCGGCAAGUCCUAGGCCCUGAGGUUUUACCCACAGCGCCAUCCGCGUCCCGGUUGGUGCUCAUACUCCUUUAUAAAAAGAAAAAUGAUUGAUUCAUUCAUCUAUCUUUCAUAACAUACAUGAUCUGCAUGUAUGUUGCACUUCAAUGUAUGUAUCCUAUAGGAAUUGGCCCCUAGAGCACACAUCCCUGGAGACACAAAGCAGGCUCAUUCAUAUUGUGAGCACACUCAGAAGUGUUUUCCUGUUAGCGUGGGUGGCACUGUGGUCUAAACAACUGAGUCUCUUGGGCUUGCCGGUCAGAAGGUCGGCGGUUUGAAUCCCUGCGACCGAGUGAGCUCCUGUUGCUCUGUCCCAGCUCCUGCCAACCUAGCAGUUCAAAAGCAUGCCAGUGCUAGUAUAUAAAUAGGCACCACUGUAUUGGGAAGAUAAACGUGUGCUCUGGUUUCCGCCACGAUGUUCCAUUGCACCAGAAGCAGUUUAGUCAUGCUGGCCACAUAACCCGGAAAGCUGUCUGUGGACAAACACCAACUCCCUGGCCUAAAAGUGAGAUGAGUGCCGCAACCCCAUAGUUGCCUUUGACUGGACUUAACUGAACAGGGGUCCUUUACCUUUACUUAUAUAUACAUAAAACAAUUUUUCAGAGCAGGGCAGACUUGAAACAUUACAGGUUUGUUGCUGUCCAGGCCAUGCUUGGUUGUUUCCCAUCCUGCUUUUAUUUCUCGUCCUGCAGCAUUUUUAAGGUUUUUGAAGCAUUUUGUUGACUGUGGGAAGUGGGGGGGGAGAGAAGAAGAAUGGUAUGGGACACAUUAAUACAGACUUUUAAAUACUCGGUGCUAGCUUCUGCCAAUAAAAUUAGCAAUAAUAAAUGGGUCGGGGAUGCAGGUGCAAUGGCACAAAUUGGUCAAAAUAAAUUGGCUGCUCACCCACCCACAAGUGUUCUAAUGGAAGAGAGCCAGGAAGAGACCUCUUUCCAAGUCAGUUUCACAAAAGCAUGGAGCUUUGCUAUGAGGUGCAAGCAUAGGAUUGCAAAAAGGAACAGUGAAGAAGAAAGGCCUUCGAAUCCAGUGUGAGUCAUGUUGUCUCUUUUCCACUACCUGAAAACAGAUGGUGCGAUUCCGCAACAAGCUGCUGGUUUGGAGGGACCCAAGAAGAAUAUAGUUGUUCUCUUGGAUCAAUUAUCAAAGGAGAACAUGGAUUGGAUUUUAAUAGUGGUGUAGCAAACAAAUGAAUAGGCAAGGGUGAUGUUCUUAAAAGUAAGUGCUUAGGAAUUGAUGGUGUAGCUAAGGACCAAAAGUGGAUGGUUAUGCAACAGACAGCCUUGCAGUGUUUUUUAAAAAAGGAGAAGUAGCUGCAAUCUGGUGUGAAGGAGUGGUGGAAGGAGAGACUGCUUAACCCUUUCCCAUCCCGUUGUUGUCUACUCAAAAUCCCUCUGUUGAUUUUUCUUCCCACGGAGUGGGAGAGAAUUACAAAGUUUUCUCAUUUAUAAAGGAUAUUUUUAAUGGGAAAAUGGCAGGAGAGGGAAGAGUUAAACAGUCUUUCCUCUGUUGAACUUCCAUUCAAACUGGCAGGUUUCCAUAACUCCUAUUGUUUUUAAACUAAAGCAGCCCACAGGCCUUGGGAAGCUGUUCAAACAUACCUUGGCUGAUCUUUCUCUCCCCUUACAUCACUGCUUAGCUUGUCUUCUCUCCCAUUCACCUUCUGCUAACUCUCCUGUUUUCAGAGCACACGUAUGUUUGCAGACUCUAGUCUCCCCACCACCACCCAGAUAGCGUUGUUUACAUAGUUCAAUACUGGCAGCUGUCCUGGCUAAUGAAUUAAUGGGCAGGCUGGUAGUUUUCCGCCUGGGUUCUGCCGCAGCAAAAUCCUAGUAAGUUACCUUCACAAUGAAUGUCACUGUCUUUAGUCGGAAUGCUAGCAUUACAGUGGUUAAACGUGCAUAUACUUGCAAGAGGAGGGCUUCCAAUCAUCUGAGCUGUUUAACUAGGAUUGCUUGUGUGUGAACGGAAGCUCGUUGCAAAACUCUGCAUGCAGGAUUGAGUCUUCAGUGUACUGCAUGCUCCUCCCCAACCCUUCUGUGGUAUUUCUCUCCAUCAUAAGCAUUCUGCUGGCAUUUGCCCACACAUGUUAUGAUAAGAUCUGGAAAUGAACACUUAUGCCAACUCUGUGUAACUCUUUCUUCCUAACUGCACACGGCAUUGCAAACAGCCUGUUCUCAGCAUGUUCUCUUAAUUGUAGUGUAAGUGUUGUAACCCUAACAUAAACAACAGACAGCCCCAGAAAACUUAGCUGAACUGGGGAAUUAAUUCAGCCAUACUGAAAAAAAGCAAGUACCUCUUUAAUUUGGCUGCAGUAUCUUUCCCCCUCAUAUGUAUUUAAUACCAAGAUGAAAAAAAUAAUCCUUGCUGAUCUCCUAGUCUUGAGACACUUUCAGAUUAAUUUUUUAAAACCUUCCUCCACACCAGUUCAUACGCUAAUCAAAAGGUUAUUUUAAACUGAUUUCAAUAGACAGUAUACAUGCAUUAGUCUUCUUAUCCAAACGCUCCUUUAAACCCAAAUUUUAUUUAUUGAUUCAUAUUUUAAAGCUAAGAAUCAUUUGUAAGCAGUUUGUAAUAAGAAUAACAGGGGCCUGCAGUUAUUGGCCUUGAUAUGAAAAAUGGAGGUCACGAAUUUCCUCUUUGCUAAGGAAAUGCCUUACUAGCCAGUUGUUUCAGACAGGCAGGCAAGGAGCUUGUAAGCUUGACCCUUUGUAAGGAAGAUGCUUUGGGGCCUUGCUUCCAGGUGUCCAAGAAGGGCUCUGGUUGUCUUGCCUGCAGGGAAAGGGGUUGUUAGAACAGUUGGAAGGCAGGGGUGCUGGACAAGCAGUCAAACAACCCUUGGCCUUCCAGCCUUGGAGCUGGGAGGGAGCAGAGUCACCGCACAACUGCUGGAAUAAUCCUGUCUUAAAUCUUCCACUACAAAGAUGGUGGUGGUGGGCCUAGUCAUUUGCUAGAGGACACUGGCACCCUUGCCACAAUGAGCAGAAACAUAGAAGUCUGAACAAUAGUAUUUAUUUGUAUUGAUUAUAAGUUUGGGCAGGGUAUGCCAGUGGAUGUGGAGAUAAUCAUUCUGAAUUUAGGGGCAGAAAAAUAGUGUGUACUAGUCUUUUGGGGUCUUUUGAGCUUUCUAGUCCAGAAUAAAUUGAAUAAAAUGUGUUAUGUCUGACAUGUUGUUAUGUUGCCUGUUGCAUUUACUUUGCCUAGAUUGUUUUUUUUUUAAUGUAGUGUAGCAUGGCAGCUAUCCUACUGGGAUAUAAUGAUUCCGCUUUGGCUUAGAAUAACACACACAGCUGCUGCCAGAUAAAUUACAGCUGCUGUUCAGAUGCCAAUUCUGUUUUGUCCUCUGUCUUUGCCUUUGACUGAUGGUUGCCCUCUGAACCACCUUGGCCUUCCCUUUUCCAAGUUUUCUAACAAUAGAGCAGAUUAAUUGAAACUGGCGAAUAAAGAGUUGAAUUUCCUUGCUGGAGUCAGAGAACAAUGCUAGCUUAAUAUAACCCAACAAGUAAGAAUAAGAAGAUACUUACUGCCAUAUUGUGAAACUUGCACAUACUGUUACAAUAUCAGUAGUGUAGACUGUAAAACUGAGGGUUAUUUGGAGGAAAGGAACAGACGAAAAAAUGAAAUGGCCCUUCACACAACUGUUUUAUUACCAUAGGUUGACAUCUAGGAUAGAUUCAGGUGAGUAUCUGAGGUUGUGAAGGCAUGAGGGAGUUCUUCAUGUGGUGACCAUUUGCAAGCAAACACAUUGGUGUACCACAAAUCUUUGUUUCCCCUUCCUGUUUACUCUGCAUCUUAAAGGAAUUUCAUGAGGCGAUGGUCUGGAUUAUCCUUGAAACUUCUAAAGUUGUCCAUUUAUCUUUGUUGUCAGUUCUGACAAGAGAUCAGUAAGGAACCCAUUCACAUUAUUUUGAAUGGAAUUGACAUGUAUUCUGGUGUCCCAACAUCGUGUGACCACUGAGUCUUCUCUUCUCAGGUGUGUACCACUGGUGCACAAGGCAAAUCCAUGCACAGAACCUGCAGAUUUCGGUCAGGAGGUGAUGAACUGGAUUUCACCUUGUAAAUAAAUUCAAAAAGCUGUGUACCCAUUUGCCCAAACACCAGUAAUUGAUUAAGUUACAACAGGAAGGCUCAACCAUUGUGAUUCCAAAGCACAAACUUUCCCAAGAACACUUGCCCAGUCCCUGAAGAGAAGGGUUGUAUAAGGAGUCUUGUUUAUGAAGACUGGGACACCUAGUAGCCAUCUUGGACACCUAUAAUCCUAGACUUUUGGCCAUUGUGGCUGGGGCUGAUGGGAGUUUGAGUCCAACAACAUCUGUGGAGGGCACCAUGUUGGCUACCCCUGAAUUUAGGGGCACAUGAAUUCUCUUCAAGAAAACGAUGCACUUUCGUGAAACUUUGUUUGUUUGUUUAAAAAACCCACACACAACAUUUUAUUUUGCCUUCUAUAUUUGGAUGCCUUCUUCAGGGACUUGCAUUAGAUGUUUGGGAAGUGCAACUAACUAGCUUUUUGUCCAGCCCUUAAUUAUCUGACUGGAGGAUUUUAUCUUAUUUUUGUGUUGGAAAGUUUUGUAUUUUAAAUAUUUUAUUUUUCAAAUGUGUUUGUGCAUCAUAACAUUGAGUCAAACUUGUUGGAUUCUUAUGGUUCAGGUCUUUUAGCUAUUGUGUUAAUGAUUAAUGAUUAAUUAAUAAUCAUUCGAUGAUUAAGGAUCCCCCCCCGCUUUUGGAGUUAUCGUAAUAUUGCCCAAACUGCAAUGCCUUAAUGUAAUGUCGUGUUUCUUUCUAGUAUACAAAAGGCACCGUGAAGGAUUUCCCUGGCUUUGAUGCCAGAGCUGAUGCUGAGGUCCUUCGAAAGGCAAUGAAAGGCUUGGGUAAGGCAUUAAUUGUUUUACAGACUAGGUGGACCAUUAUCAGUUAAUCAACAUGUUCGGAUUCCUGCUUCAUCCCUUGACAUAGCAGUCAUUCACUGAUGUUUGGAUAAGCAGGAUAUGACAUACUUAGAAAAGCAAUCAUUAACAAUGUGUUCCAGUAAAAGUAACUGUCCAUUCCCCCUCCCCCCGAACAGUGGAAGUCCUGUUCUAAAAUAGUUACAUUUCUCAGGAAAUGUUAAUUAUUUUUUUCUAAAAUAAGGGCAUCACUGAUUGAUUAAAGUGUGAGCUGGAAGCAUUGGUUUGGCUUCAUUAUGUCAAAGCAUAGACAAAUUUGAUUAGCUAUUUGGCAUCAUUGGGAAGCCUGAUCAGAAUUAGAGUGCUACUUCCUGCUCCCACUCGGAUGCAGUGUUGUUGUAUCACUAAAUCUAAUUGGUUGCCUAACACAUAGUGGUUCUUGAUUGGCUGGGGUUACCUUGGGAGAGGCAAUUUCCCCUUUUCCUUUUAAUGGCGUUGAAGCAGGAGGUUAGAGAACUAAUUAGUUGCAAGCAGUGCUUGAAAAAAAGGUAAUUGGAGUUCAUGGAAAUCUCCCUCAUAGACCAGGUACUUUCAUGGGCAGACAUCUGGUAUAGCCAUGCCAUACUAAUAAUGCAUGUUAAAAUAUGUUUGGAUUGGAGAUUGUAUAGUGAAGUAGAGAGAUAUUUAUAUAACUUUCUUCCGGCAACACAGAAUUUCUAGAAAGUGAAUAUUUAUGUGUACUGUAGCCUAUUUUCAAUGCUUGACAUAUUCAUCUACAAAAUAUUUAUGUUCAUCAUUGCAAUCAAUCACUCUGUUUUUAAUUUGCAUAAUUUAAGGAACGGAUGAAGACCCAAUUGUGAAGAUUCUAACGAACAGAAGCAACAAGCAACGCCAGGAAAUUGCGGUGGAAUUUAAAACGUUGUUUGGCAGGGUAAGGAGGCUACUUUGGGUUGGGAGUUGAUUUGUGUGCACUUGUCUGUGUAAUAUGGAUUUAGUGAUGAAUAAUACUUCAGGUCUACUGGUUGCAAAUUUUUUAUUACUCCAUGCAUGCAACCCCAGAUAAAUACCAUACUUUUCUGUGUACAAGACUAGGUCUUUUUUAAACUAAAAAAUAAUGUUAAAAAAGGGAGGGAUAGUCUUAUACAUGGGGGCAAUCUCCCCCCAUUUUCUUAAUUUUGAGUCCCCCAAAAUAGGGGGCUUCGUAUACAUGGAAAAAUACGGUAUACACCCUUCAUGAACUUUUCAUUCAUCCUAGUGAUGUUCCAGUUUUUAUGGCUGACGGGUUAAUUUUAAACUGCAUUUCUCAUUAGUCAGGCAUUUCUUAUUAAUUAGGCAUUCUUCAUUCUGUCAAUUAGGACCUGGUUGAUGACUUAAAAUCGGAGCUUACAGGCAAAUUUGAGAGACUGAUGGUUGCUCUGAUGAGACCUGCACGGCUUUUUGACGCCCAUGCACUGAAGCAUGCCAUUAAGGUAAAAUGAGUGGCACAAAAUGAAAAUAUUGAUGACUUUUUCUUUAGGAAUGUAUCUCCUAUCAUUAUGUCUUCCUGUCAUUAUGAUGAUGAUCAUUCUGCUUGAUUAUUUAUGGUGAUUGCUUUCAUUUUAAUGAUCUCAUUUAUUUUCUGAUCCACCUGAGUAAUUCCAGAAACAUCUCAACCACUUGAGUUUUCAAUGGUCUUUUGUCUUGUGGAAGAAGUGCAAACAAUGUCUGGUCCGUAAGAGUGUGUGCAAAAAAGCCAUGCAUGCCGAAUGCUCGAAUUUCGCAAUCGCAAGGUGUCUUUCCUUUUAAAGUGGCCCUCUAUGUAAAAUUUAUGAGCGAAUCCCAUUGUUCUGCUUCCAGUGGAAGUUUUUAAUGGCCAUUAAUGGUUCUAGUUUGUGAUUAAGUAUAUUACAUGCAUUGCUAUUCUUAGGGAUGGGGGAACCAGCAAGGAAAGUUCACAAGAGUUCUGCCUGAUAAACACUGCAUUUUGAUUCACAGAGUAGCCAACCAGGUUCCUAUGCAAAGCCCAUUAAUGGGACACAAAGACAACAACUUGCUCCCAUGUUGCUUCCACCAAGAGGUAUUAAGAGGCAUCCUCCCUCUGGGCCUAGUGAUUCAUUGUGAUUUAAUAGCAACUGGCCACCGCAUUAUCUUACGAUGGCAAAUUCCGUAAUUACCUGUUGUCUGCCCUGAAUUACCUUCUCAUCAAUUUCAUUAGAUGGCAUCAGUGAGAGGGAAUAAAACUCCCUCACUUUCUUCACACCAUGCAUAAUCCUGUACGCCUCUUAUUAUGUCUCCUCCUUUGCUGUCCCACUUUCUACUCUAAAAAAACCCUAGUUGUAGGUUUUCCUCAUAAGGCAGGCCCCUUGUCAUUUUUGUUGGCCUUUCCAUGUAAGACAGAUAACCAUUCUGUAAAACUGCUCACAUUUGGCAAUUUCUCUCAGCACCUUUUGUAAGCACCUUUCCAAUUUCAGCACAGGGCUUAGGCUGGGAAACAAAAUAAUCUUUAGAUAUUAUGUGCAAAUGUCUGGUUAGAUCAAGAACGUUUAGCAGAGACAAGCCCUCCAAGAUACAGUUACUUACUAGUACAGUUAUUCAACUAUAUAAACUGUUUCCAGUUGCUUAUCCACUCUGAGCAGAGUAUUCUAGCCAAAUAUUGAUUUUGCUUUCCCAGCUAGGAAUUUGAGGGGGAAGGCAACUGGAAAGUUGACAUACUGGGGUGGCUGAGUAAAUGAAAGGACCAUGAUCUCAUAUUAAUUUUAAGAGAUAAAAAUAAUAAUCAUUAAGCUGACAGAAGGGGGAACAGGGAUGGAAUGGUUAAUGAUUAAAAGACUUGUUACUCAAGCCAGCUUGGUUAUAUUAUGUAGAAUGUGUAGACGUUUGUCGGAGGUUUGUGGUUUUUUUUAAGCCUGAUGAAAGCAGCCAUUGAUAAUUCUCCAUGACCACCCGCCUUACAACUUUUCUGAUGUUUUACCCUCCUGCCUCAGAGGCUGGAAUGACAUUUUGGGUACUAGAACCCACACUGAAAGUCCACACCUCUGCAGGGCACCUGUAAAUGGUGACAAGCACACGUUUGGAGCCUGGCUGGCUGAAAAGCAGUGCUUUACCUAGAUUUCCAAAGGGUCAUUUCUCUCAUGAACCUGUCUGCAUGUUGCAGAAGAGGCCUUGUUACACUUUCCUCCACUGUCUGUGGAGGCAAGGAUCCAUAGCCAGGCCUUAGUACUGGGCCCACCCUUUGAGUUUCACUUCCCACAAGGACUUGGCAAGGCCUUUUCCUGUGUGUUCAGAUAGCAACUGAAGACAGUGCUGAUUGAGUUUAUUUAUUAUGAUGUUCACUGAGCAUUGAUUUCUUCCCUCCCUGCCCCAGUUGCUGUUCAGUUUUUUUGUUUGUUUUGGUGCAUUUUGUAUUUCAUUUUAGUGUAUUAUAUAGUGGGUGCAAGCCACUCUUUCAGUCCCACAUUUGGACAGAAGUGAAAUGGUUUUCUAAAUUAUUAAAAAGCAUCUGGUGGGAGAAGGUUCUGGGGGACAAAAGCAGGGAAAGGAUUAAGCACCCUCUUUCCCCCACUGUUUCUCCAUUGCAAAUGCCCCAGAUUUUCAGACUUUGGUCUGCCACUGAAAGUUGAGUAGUAGCCCUAUGAAUGCUACAGGAUAAAAAUAGGGGAGCAUCUUUGCCACUUGCAGUCUAUUUCUUGCCCCAAUUCAAACAACUUUACAUUAUUUGGCACUCCCAAAAUAUAGGAAGUAAAUAAAAAUAAAAUACAGAUUUUAUACUGACAGUGGUGGAAAGCAAAUACAUGACCUCUUUGCUACAUGGCAACUUCUGCACAAAUUAGUGCAACUGACAUCUCAACAUCGAACAGAUGGCAUGAAUUGGCUCUUGAUUUUGAAGCAUCCCUAUGUGUUCAGAAUAAAGAAUUACUUUGUUCACAAGUGUUGCAAAUACAUGCUGAGUAGUAAGCUCUGAAAAGAGGGGAGUGAAGUGAAUCAAAAUGGUUUAUUAUCCAUAAAUUCAGCCAGAUGUUUGCAGAGCAAAUCUGGGCUUGUAGUGAUAAGGUAGUUUAAAAUAUUGGCUUUCAAAGUAUUAUCUUGUAGAGUUGUAAUGUGACCAUAGAUAUUAGAAGAAAGAUACAUCUAUACAAAGUAGCAAUUAAGUAAUUGCAUUGGCAAUGCAACUCUAGAACUAUUUAGAGUCCUGGGCACUGUCAAGGUCACUUCCUAGCCAAAGGAAUGCACACGGCUGAUAGUUAAAUAUUUAUUGUCAAAGAUAACACACACAGUCACUUCUACAGCUCCGGAUAUCUACGCAAUACCAAUCUAACAGCUAGGCAGCUAUUCCCUGGUCCGCGUUCUAUGGAGCAGUUGCAGCAACAGGGGACCACCUCUGUUCCACCGGUUUAUGUACCUUCCACUGAUGGGUUUCAUGCAUGUAGCCAGAGACUAUGUCUGCGUGGAAGCUUCCUCCAUUCCUCCCUUUUGUAUUCUCUCCUGGUUCUGGGGGACAGUGGUGUGGGAUGUAAAACCGCAGUCAAGUACAACAUUCCUACAGUGGACAUGUGACUUGAAGAGGGUGUGGUCUGUUGUACUAGCAUGGAGGAGCACACGGCCUCCAUGUUAUGAUCAGUGUGUGUGUGUUCUCCAUUUUGGAUGUUGCUAUGUAUUUGGAGAAGGGACUGCUUAGCUGCAGUCACUUGGGACUAACUUCUUUAUGGAAUAGUUCUAGUUGUUAAGUACAGUCAUACCUUGGGUUAAAUAUGCUUCAGGUUGAGCAUUUUCAAGUUACACUCCGUGGUGAUCCGGAAGUAACGGAACGCGUUACUUCCAGGUUUCGCCACUCGUGCAUGCGCAGACGCUCAAAAUGAUGUCACGCACAUGCGCAGAUGUGCAGUCACGGGUUGCAUUCUACUCAGGAUGCAAACGGGGCUCCGGAACGGAUCCCAUUCACAUCCAGAGGUACCACUGUACUGUAACCUAAGCCUACCUUCAGGGAUAUGUCUGGGAACCGGAAUGAAUCUGUGAGUAAACUAUUUUUAUAAUAACGUUAAUCAGAUUCUUUUGUUUAUUCUUUUAAGAGGGAAAGGCAAGGGAUUUUACUAGGAAGGAAUCUUUAAUAGUAAGACUCAGAUGAGUCAGGAGCAAGCUGAUCGUUGCGUAAUCUGAAAAGGGGGAUGUUUGGAACUCUGCUAGAAUAUGGAACUUGCUAGCGCAAGUUUGGAAGGAUAUUAUUAAAUAAUAUAUCCUCUCCUGCCUCCCCAAUCAUCCCCACAAGUGGUACAUGACCGGGUGAGAAAGCACCUGGCCUUUCACUUGCCUGACCUGCCUCUUCUGCCUUAUCUUCCUACCCAUCCUAUGCUCCACUCUCCAGCUCUGAAGCUUUUCCUGCCUCUGCCUCUUGCCUCCUGGCUGGUACAGAUUCCCAUUGACCACUGCCCCCUUCUCCUGAUUCAGACUCCAGCUUGCUGCCCCCCCCAAGUGCAGACAGGAAUUGCAGUGAAAUAACGUGGUCUCAGGAAACUCCUCUCCACCCACCUAUUUUCUCAGGAAACAAGGCAUAUAUUCCAUUCUUGUUAAGAAUUAGAAUGGAGUUAUGAACUAAGCUGAAGUUUCGUCUUCUGUUUUCUUCAUAAACUUCCAUUUUAAAAAUAAUAAUAAUAAUAAAAGUUUGUAACAACUGGUGAUCAGAAGGGGACCUGAGGGCUGGAGGAAAUCUGGCUGCAAGCCACAUCUGAUCUGUGAGCUGGGCGUUCUCCUCUCUUGGUUUAACCCCCCAAAGUGGAUCAUUUCUGUCUUGAAUGCUUAAUAAAUACAUUCAUUUAUAAUGAAACUUUUAAAAAGCAAUCUUGAUCCCAUUAGCAGGCAUGCUUAUUUGCUCUUUGUAUUUAUUGGGCAACAAGAGCUGUUAUAAAAGUAACCACUAAUGGCUCUUAGCGCCUCUUCUUUGCUUCUGUUAUAAACUUUGCUGGUGGAAAACGGUUGUAUUGGAGGAAAUAGGAGGCAGAUUCAAGCACACACUUUCCUGUACACAUACAGAGAAAUACCAUGACCUCAUUGUCUCCGUUCCACAGCUGGACAUCUGUCAUCUGGCAGUACUACUGAUAAGAGAUGGUGGUCAUUCUGUUCUUUGGUGAGGCGAAAACCAUCCACUUGGCAGGCCCAUUAGGAUUUUCUUUUAGUUUUAUUAAAAGGACCGUGUUGUAGGAAUCCUUAUUUCAGCUCUUAACUCUGCCACGUUUCCUGUGUGAGUCAGUGCAAAUUCUAUUUCUGGGUCUUCAUGUACCCUUAUUGACGUGGCAUUCAGGAAGCAGAACUUUGUAGUCUUGAGCAUUAUGAAUUUCUUUCAAAUGCAUUUUAAGUAAUUAAACGUUUGAGGUGUGGUGUUUUUGGUUUUUUAAAGAAAAUUCUGUAGAAAAUGAACAUUCUCAUGAGAUUAAGAUAGAGGUGUAUAUUGAACAAAAAUAACUUACAUUAUUUCAUCAACCAAAUCCAUUAAUUACAGGGGGCAGGAACUGAUGAAAAAGUCCUUACUGAAAUUCUUGCAUCCAGAACACCAGCUGAAAUCCGGAAUAUAAAACAAGUUUAUCAGGAAGGUAAAAGCAGUGCUUUUUCUGUGUUUUGAAACGCUAUUGUACUUGCAGGAGCUUUUGUCUGUGCAUGAAAUAAUAGAAUAAGGAAAGUGGAAAAUAUACAGAAUGCAAUUUCAGUACUUGGAGAGAUAAGGCUUGUAAAAGCUUCAAAUGCCCUGUUUUGGGUGCACGUUCUUGUGCUUUGCACUACAUAAUUGAAUUUCUUCCUUCAACAUUUUCUUUAGAAUUUAAUUCAGUCAACGAACAGGAUUCUAACAACAUGUGAAAGAGGGAAUUCGGUACCACUUAGUGAUUUGAAAAGGCUUAUUCUGAACCAUUGAUUGUAGAUAAAGUAUUUAUUUCCUGGUUCAAAGUUCUAUUAAGGCUGCUCUUUUCAGCAUUGUUUAUAAGUUACAGUCAAUACAGUCAAUUGGAUGGGAUUGCUUUUUUAAGGGGGAGGAAAAUAUCACAAAGCAUAAUAGAGUGAGGCAACCAAUUCACACUGUUGUUUUUGUGCUGCAGUUUCUCUUUUCAGAUAGGCUCUCUGGUAGCUCUACUAUAGAGGAGGAAUCUGCUGAUGGUUAGCUUUGGGUAGCUGUGUGACUUGUAGUAUCAAUGAGCAUGUCUGAUCUCAGGGGUGGGAAACUGUUUGCAUGGAGGGAGGGUAGAAGAAUAUCAGAAGCCCAGUCCACACCUUACCUUCACAUAGAUCUCUUGCAUGAAGAGGAAGGAGACCAAUGGCCUUGCCCCUGCCACAUCCACUUGUCCAGUGUGGUUGUCUGUGAAGGGGCAGUUGUGCAUGAAUAGCUGAAUGCAUGAAAGUGACCCAUGUGUCGGGCGACUAUGUCAAUGUCUGUCUAAGUUUCUCAUUUUUCCAGUCUUCGGUUCACCAUAUUUCCACAUCAGUGCAACCUCUUUUAAAAAAGAAGGCCCUGGUGCAAUUUGGUGCAGAUACACACAUUUUUGCGAGCAAUGUAAUGUAUGUAAUAUAUGUUUUCAUUCAUAAAAAACGUACUUCGGUGACUUGCAAUUCUAGUUGUUUUAUAUACAUAUGUAUGACAUCAACAUAAAGUAGCUCACAUUUUGUACAGUGAUGGGUGUGUUCCCUUUUUUUUGCAGAAUAUGAAGCUGACUUAGAAGAUCAUGUAACUUCAGACACUUCUGGUUUCUAUCAGAGGAUGCUGGUAGUUCUUCUUCAGGUAAGCAUCCACAGUAGAUGGCUUAAGCAGGAAGUUCAAGGCAAGGGUUGCUUUAUUUAAAGUGGAGUCUCUGCAUUAUGGCUCCAGUAUAUGUUUUGUGGGGGGGUGGGAUUCAUCUCCCCCAAGCCUGUUUAUACGUGGGUCCUUGCUUCUUUAAGGGUAUAGUUCAGACAUUUUCCCCUAAUAGCCUGUGUCCCAUAGAACACAGGGUGGAAGGAAAACAUGAAUCAAAGAGCAUAAAUGUUGUAAGUUCUGGGGUCCUGUCCCAAUUUCCUAGACCAUCUUCACCAUUUCCUCUUAUUAUUUUCUUUUUAAAUGACUUUCCCCCUUCCUUUCCUCCUUCGUACCUGCUCCUUGGAACCCCUACGCCAGUUUUAGUAGUACUGUAGAAAAGGUUACUAUUGCAGGAUGGGUGUCUCUUGUCCAAAUGUGCCAUCCUUGACAGUAAGGGUACUUUCCAACAGAUUUUCCCUCGGGUCUUGGCCUGUUUGUUUAGUAUCCAUAGCUCAAAUGCAACAUGGCGGCCAUGCACAACUUGGCUCUGUCUAUCUGCAUACUGGAGACAGUGAAUCACAUAGGGCAUGUGUAGCCCAUGCACAGUGCCUACCAAAGAAGGCUGAGGUGGCUGCAAAAAACUCUUUGGGAAGGACCAUAGCUCAACCGUAGAGCAUCUGUCUUACAUGCAUCCCAGGUUCAAUUCCUGCCAUCUCCAGGUAGAACCUGGAGAAACUUCCUGUCUGAAACUAUGGAGAGCUGCUACCAGUCAGUGUAGACAAUACUGAUUGAACCAUUGGUCUGACUCGGUAUACGGCAGCUUCUUGUGUUUCUCUUUGCCAUAUCUAAACCUUUUUCGACAGUGCAGAAUUUUUAUACCUAAGUAUAUUCAUCUCAUUAUAUUCAUGAACCCAUUCUAUCCCCCCCCCCUUUAUCUCAUUUAGGCCAAUAGAGACCCCGAUAGCCAAGUGAAUGAAGCGCUGGUCGAGAAAGAUGCUCAGGUAAGACUCUCUACUUGUCCUUUCCCCCAAGCGUUUUUGAAAAAGCACCCUAAAAAUAUAUGCAAGUAGAAGUUCACUUUGAGGGUGCAAUUCCAGCAUGGAAAUGUAGAUCUGCAGCCCAUUCAGUUGUGCGUGCAUUGAGAAUACAGGCCUUACAAAUUAUUUUUAUUUCCCUUGUUUUCAUCUUACAUUCUGCAGUCACUGCAUUGUACAAACUUGGCAAAUAAAGGAAGCACUGUUUGGAACUGGUCCCGAAGGGCCCCUGCAUUUCAGAGCCCUGUUCUCAGCCUGUAAAAGGCAUACAUUUUGAAUAUUUUUGCAAGUGAGAAUUCCUGGAGUGUUUUGAUGCAACUUACUGAGCCUCUGUUAAGCUUGCAGCCACCAUUUUCAUUUUUUUUCAGAAUGAUCCAUUCUGAGGUGCCUUUAGGGAAAGAAAUAGCUGCAACCAAAAAAGAAUGAACCUCACUUUUUUGGGUGCGGUGGCCAUCAAUUUCUUUCCAUUCUGGGAAAACCGCCAGCAGCCUGAUAGAGGCUCAAGAACGUUAAUAGGUCUCCCCCUUCCCAAACAAUAAGAAAGAAGGGGGUGCAGGUUCACCUUCCUCUUUUGAUGAGGUCCCAAACUCUUCAAACCUAAGCUGGUGAUUCUCUCUGGAAAAUGUUUGAGCCUUGACUGGCCUGUUAGAGGGAGCAUUUUGCAGCAUCCCAUCUGACCUUGGGUCAUUCAGUAGGAACAUGCUGAGCCUGGCACUAAUCUACGCUGCUGCACAGCUAUCCUGGGUUAGCGAUCGGCCAUCCUUCAUUCUGACGUGCAACAAGGUCAUAGGUUGUAUCCAGUGCUGCACCAGUAGGGUCCACAGAUGCAACUGGACUUCUGUCUCCUCUUCUCCUCCUGCACACACCCCAAAAUCUGCUCCAGCGUGUCUACCAACCCAACUGCACCACUCUUAACAUUAAAAGAUAAGUGGGAAGGAGAUGGGACCCACCAACACCCCAACAAGAACUGAGCAUGUUCAAUGGCUGUAGAAGGCUGACUAUCCCAUGAUUCGAAAUGGAAAAGCAAGAGGGAAGAGAAUGGGGUAUCCUGAACGAGGGUGUUCCAUUUUGCAACGUGCUGCAAGUCCCGCUUGUGUGUCAUAGUAUAUGUGUUAAUUCAGAUCUUGGGUGACUCAUAAGAGGGUGGAGUGAGUGCUAAAACCAUUCAUGUAAAAUUACUUUGAUGGGAUUCUUUUUGGGAAGCAGAUGAAUAACAUUUUCCAUGGUUCUCCGUGUGUGUGUGUGUGUGUGUGUGUGUAAGCUCUGAGUUGGUUUACAAACAGGAAAAAGGAGUGGUAGCAACAAAGUAAUCGCUUAGGUCACACUGUAUUUUAGAGCAGACUGGCUGGGAAGUUAAUUAUAGUAAUCUUAGCUGCUUCAUCACAGGACAAGUUCAUCAAAUGUUAUCGCUUUCCAUUUUAAAUUUUUUUUCUUGCCAAGAGGAGGUUCCUCCCAGGGCAGGUUUUCAUGGUUCCCAAAGUAUCCUUCAUUCUGGUACCUUUCUUAAAAAAUUAAAAUUAAAAUUCAGUAGUAUUUCAACCUCCCUUGAGAGUAUUUUUUAAAAUGCGAUGUGGUGUUGAUUUUUUAAAAAUUAAGUACUGCUUGUACUUGACCAGUGAUAUCCCACUACUGUAUUUCUAGCUGGGAAACCACACUACUGCUAUUGCUGCAGUGUGUCUUUGCAAGAAAUACUCCUCUUAAAUGAGAGAGUGAGCACACACCUCUACCCUAGUGUUGCCCUGUGUUUUGCCAGCUACAAAAUGGGACCUGGUGACCUUCCAUGGUCUAGGCCUAUGGCUAGGAUAGACACCCUGGUAGACAAGUGGAAGGCCAUAGCUGGUAAAGCACCUGCUUUGCAUGCCAAAAGUUCAUUUCCUUACAUCUCCAGAAACACACUUGCCUGAAACUGUUGAGAGCUGCUGCCAGUCAGUGUUGACAGUGCUGAGCCAGAUGAACGAGUGGCCUGACCAGUUAUAUAUGGCUGCUUCCUAUGUUCUAUAGCAGGGGUCGGCAACCUAAGGCCCGGGGGCCAGAUGCGGUCCAAUCGCCUUCUCAAUCCAGCCUGCAGACGGUCCGGGAAUCAGCAUGUUUUUACAUGAAUAGAAUGUGUCCUUUUAUUUAAAAUGCAUCUCUGGGUUAUUUGUGGGGCAUAGGAAUUCAUUCACACACACACCCAAAAUAUAGUCUGGCCCACAACAUGGCCUGAGGGAUGGUGGACCGGCCCACAGCUGAAAAAGGUUGCUGACCCCUGUUCUAUAGAGCAUGCAAAAGGAUUGUGGAAAAGCCAUAGUGAAUGGAGCAUUUAAUGAGGUUCUCCAAAAUAAUAUAUUGACAUUGCCUUUUGGGACUGUUGGUUGUUUGAGUAGCAAGAUUGACACAAGUCUGCUUUUGCCAUGACACAAAUCCAGUAUCACUUGAAUAAUGUGAUGGUGAAGCAUUAAGCACGUGCAAAUACUUCAACUUUGCAGUAUGCAAAACAGUUACUCCCUUUAGCAGUGUGACACACCUUAUUUAAACAGUUAACUGCUUGUGCCACAAGAAACUCUGGAUCCUGGGGAUUUGUUAGCGGAUAGGUCUGCUUUAUAGAAGCGGUUGGGCUAGAUGAUUGCAUGCAGCCUUCCUGCUUCAUGAUAUUUAUACAUUUAUAACCCAAGUAGUGAAGUUCCAGCAACUGCCAAUGCAUCUUGUCUCGGAAAGAUCCUUAAAUUAAGCAUCAUUUAUGGUUUCUUGCUAGAUCACAUGGGAAGCCACUGACAUUUUAAUGUAUGAAUCAUUCAUAUUUCAAGAAAGGGUGUCAAAUGGAUAAUAUGUGACUGACCACAAUUUACCCCCUUUCACAAAUAGCAGUCCUUGGAAUGAUUGUACUUAAACACAAAAUGAUUGUAUACCUUAAAAACAGCCCAAAGGCAUUUAUUAAAAGAGGAGGCAAUUUCAUUAUGAAGCACGCUGUUGUUGUUGUUAUUUCGAUUUAGAUCCCAUCGUUCCUCCUGAAGGAGCCCAGGGUGACAAAUAUAUAAGUAAUGAAACUAAGAGUGGGGAAAGGGUGAAAGGGGGCAUUGAGGUAUCUUGUCCAAGGGACCCCCCAAAAAAACCUUGAUCUAUUACUGUGAUAAGGUAUCAUUCCAGAAGAAUGAAUGUGGCAAAUGUAGUUCUAUAAGGGAUAGUUCAAAACUUCUGUGCCUAAGUAGAGUGGAGUUAGGUUCUUCGGUCUUAAGUCCCAAGCCUAAGCUGCCCCUCAGACAUUUAAGGGCUUUGUGGCUAAAGCUUUUCCCCUCUGGUGGUUUUCUUCACAAUAUAGUAAAGUACAUUUGCUUUUGGGAGCGAAAACCUUAACUCUAUUUUCUUCUUCUGAUUUUAACAGGAGCUGUUUAGAGCUGGUGAGCUGAAAUGGGGAACCGAUGAAGAAAAGUUCAUCACCAUCCUGGGGACUCGCAGUGUGACUCACUUAAGGAAGGGUGAGGAAAACUAACAUUUUGGGCUCUCUUUUUAAAGGACUGCAAUCAUCAUACUCGGCCAAUAAAGCGAGAUGAGCGCCGCAACCCCAGAGUCAUCCACGACUGGACCUAAUGGUCAGGGGUCCCUUUACUUAAUCAUCAUACUCGACGUGCAAGUGGUGGUGGGGGAAGCUUCAACAAAAACCAGGUCUUGGUUUUCUUUGUGGGGUGCCCUGGUUCUGAUCCAAGGUGAACUUGACCUGGUUUAGAACAUUUCUCCUUGACAUGCUAGCAGAUUGUGGGGGUAUAGAUAAUACACUCCUUACUUUCAAUCUUAAGUAGAAUGGUCCAUGUUACUUUCCUGAACACUUGAAUUCAUUACUAUCCUGGCUUCCUUCAACUCUUCUGCCCAAAUGUUGAUUGUGUUUGGAUGGGUGUAGGCUUUGUUAUGUUUGUUUGGAAAAGCAGAAAGGAAGCAAUAUGUAAAAUACACAUGAUUGCUAUGUAUUCCUUUUGUGUCUUUCAGUCUUUGACAAAUAUAUGACUAUCUCUGGCUUCCAAAUUGAAGAGACAAUCGACCGUGAAACUUCUGGUCCACUAGAGAAGCUUCUGCUGGCAGUUGGUAAUGAGCAGUCCUAGUUGUGAUGCACUAUUUAUGAGAACUGCAAGCAAGCUGUUGGGGGGAAAGCAGCACAAUAUGCUGAUCAAAGAAACAAAAUGGCGUCUUGGUAAUCUGAUUCAGACGUGAUUCUUGCUUGCUUUUUAUUUUUUAUUUAACACGGGGCUCUGAAUUCUAGACUCCACAACAGCGCAAGGAGAUAGCAGGGCAAAUCUGCACAUCUACUCAGUAGGGAAUCCCAUUGUGUUCAGAGGGCUUUACUCCCAGCUAGAUGUACACAGAAUUGCAGCAUAGCUCACUGUUAUGCCCUGUUAUGGAAAUACUGGAAGGUGCCUUUUCUGUGUGAAGCACCAUGCCAUUCAGAUAAAGUUAUUUUUCACUGUUUUCAAGCUGAACUGGAUUGUUUUUCCCCUUUCAGUGAAAAGUGUCCGUAGUGUUCCUGCAUAUCUUGCUGAAUCACUGUUUUAUGCAAUGAAAGUGAGUACUUAUUUUACCUUUCUUUCUUUCUUUCUUUCUUUCUUUCUUUCUUUCUUUCUUUUUAAAGGACAAGUUUCCAAUUGGAAACGAAAUGAGAGUGGUAAAAUGUUGACUUUUUACUGACUUUUUUUUUAUGCUGAGCACUGGAUGCUCUAUAGAGAGCUCACCACAUUUAUAUAGUGCAGUAAUUCAGGAUUCUAUUUCAUGCAAUUGUGCUAAAAUCUCCUAACUUCAAUGGCAAGAAGGAGGACUAUUAAUCCUCAAGGUAUUAUAUACAUUCUUCAAGUAUCUCUAUUGUAUAUGUAUUCUGUGUGACAUUCUCAGAUGCAGCUAUUCGCUUAGUGGCCAAAGUUAAGCCCUUUAGUUUCACUAACUUCAGUGGGAAAAAUUAAGCAUGUGCACGAUGCUCUCCAACUGAAAGGAAUGGUACCUGAAAGUAGAUUGCAUUCUUAAUGGGUUGUUUAAAAUGGGUUCCCUUUUGAUUUUACCAGGGGGCUGGCACUGAUGACGAUACCCUGAUCAGGAUCGUAGUUUCAAGGAGUGAAAUUGAUCUGCUGGACAUCAGACAGGCGUUCAGAAGAAAUUUUGCAAAAUCUUUGUACCAUGCAAUUCAGGUAGGACUUGCUUUGUAAAACUAGUAUAUUUCUUUCUCUUUUUAUAUGGGAAAUACUGACUGAUGUGGCUCUUUUCUUUUUAAAAUGGAAUGCUGCGGGUUUGUAUUUUAGCUGUACAACUGUUAAAAUUUUGCAAAUAGAAAAAAAGUCCACUUUCCAAUACAUGUGAAAUCUGCCACCAUGAGGCAUGUAGGCAGCUAGCUUAUGUGGGCUCCCAUUCCUGGGCAACCUCCCAGUCCCGUGUCAGGAGGGAAAACUAAAGGCAGGCAAACUAGUUGGUCCAAUGCCUUGCUGGAUUUCUGGUGGCUGGAUGGAAGUGAAGACAGAGUAGCGUUUCCCUUUUAUUUCCAGGCUUUCUCCCUCCCAUUUAAAGGAUUCCCCCCUCCUAUUGUUGCCAAUGGAAGGGAAGAUACACCAGUCCUGAUGUUGGUGUAUUUAUGUCCCCAUCCCCCAUUUUGGGUGUGGGGAGAGUGUCAGGGGACCGUGAAACCUAUGGCUCCUUCAGAUUCAUAGCUUUGCCGCAAUGUAUCUGCUGCAUCCUCCCUUGCUUCUACUGAUGUCAGUAUGUCAGCAUCUGUAAUGCAAGGCAAAAAUCAGUUAGGCAAAGGGUGGUGGAGGUUUCUGCAGCAGCAAGGAAGGGUCACAUGGAGUCAAAUCUUCCUCUUCACCCAUGAACAGGGACAUCUGUAUGCCCGCUGGCAUUCCCUCCUCGCAGCCAUAUGAUUUGCACCCUUAAUUGGCUUAAAUACAAGUAUUCUGGUUUAAUUGAUGUGUACAUAGAGCCUUCCCCUUUGCCUGCAUUUGCUAAAGGAUAUCAAAGUUGUUUAAAUCCUCCUUGCAAUGUUUAGGGUUAUGAUUUUUUGGUCUGCCAUUGGAAGGCAAAUAGAUGUUCCCUCGUUUUGUAUUUUUAUAUAUAUAUAUGUUGCACAAAAUAAAUAGCUUUCUGGAGAACUUUUGCUUACCAUUCCUGAGUGGAUAGUCAUACAAAUGGAUUUCCUGCGGUAGAAAAGCUGUCAUUUGUCAAGAAUUUUUCCCUGAAUCAUUACUGACUCAUUGCCAUUUGAUCCCUGUCUUUUGAUUUGUAGAAAGAUACAUCUGGUGAUUACAGAAACGGCCUUUUGCUGCUCUGCGGUGGUGAAGAUGACUAACUGACGGCGAUAUGAAAGCCAGAAUCUUAACUCCUGCCUUGUGCCUCCUUCCCGCUUUGUAUGGCUAAGCUUUCCAUUGGCAUUUACAGCUGCAGCCUUUUUUUGUUUCUCAUGGAUAUCCUUGCUAUCAGACGCAAUGUGCAUAUCAUUAGUACGAUGAUAUAGUAACACUUACUGUUGAAAUCCAUAUCGGAUCCCAUUCAUAGUAUUGCCACUCCUUUCUAGGGAACUGCCUGUUUUUCAUUGAUAGUAUUUUAUGUUAGUUUUAUACAAUGUUAACAUACAGGCUGCUCUUGAAAAGAUUAAGCCGGCCAGUUGGAAGUCAUGGGGCUGGGAUCAGGCUAUGCUAGUUGCACAUUGAGAUCAAUGUGACAAGCUAGUCGUGACUUAAGUCCCAUUUAACUCAAUGGGGACUAAAUGCAACUAACAUAGUCUGGAUUCAGCCUCUUUUGUGUAAAAUAAUUUAAUGCAAAGUGCCUCUUGUGUAAAUGUGUCCCCCUUGUUUUGAAAACCAUGUUGGAAGCUAGGAAUCUGGUGCCUUUUGUUAUUACUUUGCAAAAAAAAAAAAAAAAUGGAACUAAAAGACAUUCCAAUAACUAAAACCAAAUUACUUUUUAACCUGAACUAUAUUUUUGCAUUUGUACUAAUUUGCAGAAAGCUUCCAGUAAUGGCUUUGAAAUUGUGAGCUAUGCAUGAUCUUCAUGUAUUGUAAUGAUUUGGUGCUAUUAAAAGGAAAAAGCCUACUAAAUGAUAAUAUGGAGGACCAAUAAAAUGUACCCACAAACUAUGAGCUUUC